AUGCUGAUGUCAGAGAUUUUUCCUGUUCUCCACUGGUGGUGGGAGGAUCUUUGCGUUUAGUCACGCAGCUGUCAAAGAUAGCUGUCACCCAGUUUCAGGAUCAAACACACAGUCAAUGAGAAAAGGGGCUUUGAGCAGAAAGGGACGCAGAGAUCUCAGGUAACCCACAACCCCCCCUCUCCUGCCACCUCAAGUCUCCAAAGAAGGACGACUAGAAGAGAGAAGAACAUCUAAAACGGGAGAAAAGAAGCAUUUUUUUUUUAAUGAACAAGGAUUUUCGAGAUUUCGGAUACACGCUGGGGAUAUCUAGGGGGAAAAACACAGCUCUGACAGAGAAUUUGUCUUCUCCGCUUGCCGAGGAAUAAGCGGGCAUUUUUCAAGAUGAAGACCAAAAAGGGUUUGAUGAUGCUGUCGGGCAGCGAGACUGACGAUGAGGACAGCGUGGACGCCCCUCUGGAUCUGUCGUCCAGCGCGGGGAGCAGUGGGAAGAGAAAACGGCGGGGAAAUCUGCCCAAGGAGUCCGUUCAGAUCCUCAGGGACUGGUUGUAUGAGCACCGUUACAACGCCUACCCCUCUGAACAGGAGAAAGCCCUUUUGUCCAAGCAGACCCAGCUCUCUACACUGCAGGUGUGCAACUGGUUCAUUAACGCACGCCGGAGACUUCUCCCGGAGAUGCUGAGGAAAGAUGGCAAAGAUCCCAACCAGUUCACCAUAUCCAGGAAAGGUAGCAAAGCUGGCGACAGCUUCUCUGACAGCUCCCAGUCCCCGAAACACAGCAGCCCCGUGGCAGCCACAGAAGAGAGCUACGACAAACGGGUCCUGCACCCGUCUAGCUUCGACCCCGCCGUGCCCAGCCUCCUGAGAAAAGCGGUGUCCCCCACCAUGCCCUCUCCGACCUCCGCGUCCCCCUCUCCUGGGCUCGUGCCCACCCGGCCUUCUGUCAUCUGUCACACUACUGUCACCACAGCAAUGCAAGCCAGCCCAACAGCUUCCCACCCCAGCGCGCCCGGCAUGAACUGUGACAGGGCAGCUGAGUUGUUGCAUGCCGUGCAGGCUCAAGCGCUGCUUAGGUGCCGGGAAGAAGGGCCAGGCAGUCAGCCACUACCCACCCCCACUACCACCAUCCUCAGCAGCACCAGCAUAGAAGGCAACCUGAGCCCCCGCAGUGGGCUGUUCAACACCCCUCCCCCCACCCCUCCAGACCUCACACAAGACUUCAGCGGUUUCCAGCUCCUGGUGGAUGUGGCCCUCAAACGGGCUGCAGAGAUGGAGCUGCAGGCCAAACAGCUGGUCGCUUAAAGGAGGAAAGUUGACAGAAGAGGAGGAACUAGAGACUGACUUUGCAUCUCAGCUGUGGAACUCUUCGUUUCAGUGACUCGUCUGCACGUAACAAAGAACAAAAUCCACACAAAAGCCUGACCAUUUCUAUUUUUGGUAUACCAAUCAAAUUGACAUGGAUGCUUUUUUUUUUUCUUAUUGAACAAAAAAAAGAAAAGAAAAACCGUAUCGAGGUGCCUUGGCUGUAAGUUGUUUAUACAUUUCAUAUACAUGUAUCUUUAUGUAUCUACAUGUGUAUUUUAUUUGCACACAGGGACCAAAAAUGUUAUCAGAACAAUGCUGCCUGUCUUUAUGUCUUUCCAUUAUACUGUAUUGUAGUAAACUGAGCAAGAGCAAGAAUCAGUCCUCCUUCACGGAUCGGUCAGAUGGAUUGGUCGCACCCACACGUUUUUAAUAUUUUUUUUUUAAUUAUUAUUAUUAUUAUUGUUCAACAUUUCAGAGAUCAGUUCAUGAUUGGUCUGCCUUGUUUGUUUGCACACUAAAGGCAGAGGAAGGUCAUCUCAGUGUCUUAAAAAUACUUUGCUCUUGGCAUCUACGACAAACUUAUUCACUACUGUAGUAAAUGUUUGUUUUCAUAAGUAUAGUUUUUGAUUUUUGUUAUUUACUUUUAGCUAUUUUUAAAACGAAAAAAACCUUUAUGCUUCUUCUUGGUUUUUUUAAACUUUUCUUUUUCUCACCGAGGGGUAUUUCAGAAGACCAAUGUAGCAGGUUCUUAGCAUGAGCCUUUAUCCCAUCACUCAGCGAAAAAUGACGGCCAGUGGACUGGAAAAAUUAAACACUACAGAUAUGUUUUUCUGCAUUCGCUGUUUUACAACCUGACAAAAAAACAGCCCUUUUUUAAAAAAAAAAAUCACCAAAAACAUUUCCUUGUAUAAUAGGACCAUGUGUAUAGUUAAUGUGAGAUGAUGCCCAAUGAUGUGAUUUCUUUUCAUACUGUGCAAUGUUUGUGGCAACUAGGGGUCACAUGGGAUUCAAAUAAAGUUUUGUUUUUUCUACAA